AUGAGCAUCUGCUUGCUGCGCUCUUCCGUGGUCACGUAUUCGCCCGACGCAUUGUCGUUCGAGCUACCGGCCUUAUCGCUAGAGUCCUGCUCUCGUCGAGAAUGUUACCACCAUGAAUGUGUGGCGGAUAAUCUCAAACCCUUCCUAUCGUUCUACACCUGCGGCCCAACCGUGUACGAUUCCGCUCACAUUGGCCACGCAAGCUGCUACGUGCGGUUGGAUAUUCUUCAGCGAAUUAUGCGACACAACUUUCGCCUGCCGCUUCUCACAGCCAUGAACAUUACAGACAUCGAUGAUAAAAUCAUAACUCGAGCCAACGAGCGGGGUAUCCCGUGGCAACAGCUAGCACGUCGGUAUGAGGAUGAGUUUUGGAGCGAUCUCAACAGGCUAAACGUAAGGUCGCCGGACAUCAAACUACGCGUUACCGAGCACAUUCCAGCUAUUGCUCGCUUUGUGAAGACUCUUAUCGAUAAAGGAUUCGCUUACCAUACUUCCGACGGAUCAAUCUACUUCGAAACUAGUAAAUACGAACGCUAUGGGAAAUUGCAGAAAGUUAUCAUGGAACAAGCGAGUGCUGCUGCCAACUCCCAAGGAGGGAAACGCCAUCCGUCCGAUUUUGCUCUAUGGAAAGCUUCAAAGCCCGGGGAACCAUUCUGGGCGACAAAUUUUGGCAACGGACGACCUGGUUGGCAUAUAGAGUGUUCGACGAUGGCAAGUCACGUGUUCGGCAGCCGGUUGGAUUUCCAUGCCGGUGGACUAGACCUGCGCUUUCCGCAUCACGAAAACGAGGAAACACAAAGCUGUUGCUAUCACGACGUUCCAGAUUGGGUGACUCAUUGGAUACAUACGGGUCAACUGCAUCUAGAAGGACAAACGCAUAAAAUGUCCAAAUCCUUGAAAAACACUAUCAGUGUAGCGGAGCUGCUAGAAAAGUAUGAACCGGAUGAAUUUCGAAUGCUUUGUCUACUUUCUCACUACAGAAGUGCGAUAGAAUUUGGUCCGGAAUCCAUGACGACUGCAACAAACGUUCUACGAAAAUUUUCUAGUUUCUUCGUCGAUAGCAAAGCCUACAUCGAUGGGCUGAAACCUGCGUCGUUCGAUGCUAGUUCGGAAAGCUUGCUGGCAAAAUUGGUCGAAACUCGAGCUACCAUUGACGGUCUUUUAGAAAAUGAUUUCAACACUGCAAGUUCUAUACUUGCCCUCGGUGACCUGGUCUCAGCCGUACAAAAAUCUAUCAAUGGCCCCGCACAUCAAAGCAACACGUUUGAGGUGUCCCCACUGAUCGGAGCUUCCAACGUCGGUGCGGUUCUAGCAGUAACUGAAUACAUCCGGGAACAGCUACUCUCAUACGGGUUGUGUUCGAUUGGGAAUAGCCAGCAAAACAAAUCGAUAGGAGACACCGACAAUAAUUCUCUUGAACGUGUAGUUGACGCUGUAGUGAAAACACGCAGUGAAAUCCGUCAACGAGCCAUCGAUACCAAAGAUCAGCAACUUUUCCACAUCUGCGAUCAAUUACGGGACUCACUGAAGCAUUCGUCGAUUGAAGUGAAAGAUCAUGGGAAAACAUCUUCAUGGACUUUUCUCCGUAAAGUGUGACUAUAAGUCCUGAUAGCUUCAAAGAAAAUAAAUUGAAGAAUAGUGUAUGC